ACAACGUAACACACUUUGUUAUAAAAAGAGUAUACAUAUGCAUUGUUAUUCAACGCAGCAGUAUAUAUAUAUUGAAGCAAAGAAUAAACUUUUACUUUCAGUUUUUGAUCUACUAUUCUUCUGAAGAAGUUCUUCUUCUAAUCAAAUCAAGUAUUAUAUUGUAACUUGCAAAUGGCUAAUUCCGUAACCGAAGCAAUAUGGAUGACAGAUAAUAAAGAAAUUCUGAAGAUGAUGGAAUUGUGGCCGAGUAUUGUCUGUGAUAUUACGGAAUCGAUCGACUUAGACAUUCCGGAUGUUACUAUAUGGAUGAAAAAAGUUUUGCAGUAUAAUGUCCCAAACGGAAAAAAAAUUCGUAGUUUAGCAUUAAUUUAUGCUUACAAAUUAUUAGCAUCUGAUGAUCAACUUACGGAAGAUAACGUUCGUUUGGUACGGAUUUUAGCGUGGUGCAUAGAAUUGUUACAAACUUAUCUGCUCAUACUUGACGAUAUAGAAGAUCGAUCGUUAUUCCGUCGAGGCCAACCUUGUUGGUAUCGACACAACGACGUAGGAUUAAUAGCGAUUAAUGAUGGAAUAAUAUUAGAGCAAGCUAUGUUUUAUAUAAUUCGAAAAUAUUUCAAUACAAAAGAAUGUUACAUUAAUAUAGUAGAAACAUUUCAUGAUGUCACCUAUAAGACAUUAAUGGGACAGUGCUUAGAUUUGCUUUCCAGCAAUUUCGAUAAAAAGCCCAAUGUAGAUUUCUUUACGUUGGAUCGAUACAAUUCCAUGGCCGAGCGCAAAACAGCGUAUUAUACAUGUUAUUUGCCAGUAACCGCAGCAAUGCACUUAGUAGGAAUAAAAGACCCUGAGAUGUUCAGACAAACGAAACAGAUCUUGUUAGACAUGGGACGUUUGUUUCAAGCUCAAGAUGAUUAUCUGGCUUGCUACGGACAUUACGAGGCCUUUGGCAAAGAUAAUACUGAUAUACAAGAAGGAAAAUGUACGUGGCUAGUUGUCACAGCUCUCGAUCGCGCUACUCCAGAGCAGCGUAAAAUUUUAAGAGAAUGUUAUGGAUUUUCGGAUCCGGAGAAAACAAGACGCGUGAAACAACUUUUCACUGAUAUGAAUCUGCCGAACAUUUAUUUAACAUACGAAGAACAAGAAUACAAUUUAUUAAUUACUCGUAUACAGGAGAUAUCAUGUGGUCUUCCACGUAGUCUUUUCUUAGAUUUAUUAGAGGGAAUUUACCAUAGAAAAUCAUAAGAGCAUUUCAAUGUUGAGUGCUUAUACUGAUCAUAAUUGUGGUUGAAUUGUUCAGUAACUUCAAUUGUUUGAUGCACUUUGCAUGUAAAUAGACAGAUGCAUCUGUCUCUGCUACACAGAUAAUGUAUGA